AUGACUUCCCUCAAAGUCCAGCUUGAAUCCUCCCCGCCAUUCGAGCAUGCGGCGGAGCUGCACAAGACGGCCAAGGCCAUGGGCGCCCCCGGCAAGGGCCUCCUCGCCGCCGACGAGAGCACGGGCUCCAUUAAGAAGCGCCUCGAGAAGGUCGGCAAGGAGAACACCGAAGACAACCGCCGGGAAUGGCGAGACCUGCUCUUCACCGCCGACGGCGACAUCGAAAAGCACAUCUCCGGCAUCAUCACGUUCGAAGAGACGUUGAUGAACCACAGCGCCCAGCUCGAGUCCAAGUACAAGGGCAAGACGUUUGUCGACAUCAUCAAAUCCCGCGGCAUCAUCCCCGGCAUCAAGGUCGACAAGGGCACCGUCGCUCUGCCGCGCACCAACCCGGAGGAGACAACGACACAGGGUCUCGACGGCCUGCUGGACCGCUGCAAGCAGUUCUACGAGCGCGGCGCGCGCUUCAGCAAGUGGCGAUGCACCUACAUUGUCUCGCCUACCACGCCCUCCGCCCUGGCCAUCGAGGAUAACGCAGAGGUGCUCGCUCGCUACGCUGCCAUUUCGCAACAGGCGGGUCUGGUGCCCAUCGUAGAGCCCGAGGUGCUCAUGACGCACGACCAGUCCAUUGAGCGCUCGCUCGAAGCGCACAUCGCCGCCUACUCCGCCCUCUUCAACCGCCUGGCGCUGCACAAGGUCGACUUCCAGGGCCUCGUGCUCAAAGCGUCCAUGGUGGUGCCGGGCGAGAAGCACUCCAAGGGCAAAGCGGAGCAAGUCGCCGACGCAACGCUGCAGUGCCUCUCCAAAACCGUUCCUCCCUCCGUGCCGACAAUUGUCUUCCUGUCGGGCGGUCUGAGCGACAAGGAUUCUAUCGAGUACUUGAAUGCUCUUAAUAAGCUGAAGCAGAAGGACCCGAGCAUUGCUCCGUGGGCCCUGACCUUCUCGUACGGCCGUGCGUUGCAGGGUGUGGCGAUGCAGGCUUGGGCUGAUGGCAGCGUGCAAGACAGCCAGAAGAAGUGGGUGGAUCGUGCGCAGUGGUCGGGCGAGGCGGCGGAGGGCAAAUACAACGGCGGAUGCCCAUGA